AUGUUGCGCUCACGGGUCCCAUCGUCGUCCAGGGUAGCGAGUACGGUCUUUAAGCGCGGUGUGCAGCUAGCGUCUCAGCAUCCACCGCUCAAGACCGAGGCAGACUGGACGCAGCUGCAGUACGACCGGGCAUACGUCUCGCAGCUCAAAAAUGUCUUUGACAAGCAGGGACCCGUCCUGACCGAGGAUAGCAAGUGGCGAUUGCGGGACUCGCUGAAUCGUCCGCCGCAGGAGGCGACCAUCUCCGCCCUGCUCGCCGCGGGCGCGCACUUCGGGCACUCCACGUCCCGCCUGAACCCCAACUUUAUGCCAUACGCAUAUGGUACCCGCGGCGGCAUUACCAUCAUUGACCUCGACCACACCCUCCCUCUCCUCCGCCGCGCGACCCAGUUCGCCCGCUCCGUCGCCUACCGCGGCGGCCAAAUCCUCUUCCUCGGCACGCGCCCCGACCUCCGACCCGUCGUACAGAAGGCUGCUGAGCGACUUGGCCCUGGGAACGGCUAUUAUAUUGCCGACCGCUGGCUACCCGGCACGCUCACGAACCGCUUCUCCAUGCUCAACCCGGACGACUUCAAGCGCUAUAACCUCCUCCCUGAUCUUGUUGUCCUCCUCAACCCCAUUCAGAACGCUGUCGCCAUCCGUGAACUUGCUGUCGAGCACGUACCGACCAUUGGUAUCAUUGACUCGAACGCCGACCCUCGGCUCGUCAUGUACCCCAUCCCCGCAAACGACGAGAGCACGCGCGUGGCCGAGAUCAUUGCUGGUGUCAUCUCCAUCGCUGCGCGCGAGGGUGUUCACUUGCGCGAGCGGGAAGCAGCUGAUGUCGCGCGCAAGCGUCUCGCCGACGACGCCGGCAAGUCCGAGGAGGAGAGCGACCUCAGCGCUACGCAGCGCGAAGAGCUCGAGAACCUCAUCCGCCGCGUCGACAGCCGCGCCAUGGUGGAGGAGCACGGCGAGGACCCGGUCACCAGGAGACCUAAGUCAGAGGCGGAGAUCCUUUCGUAUCGCAACCGACCAGUCAAGAAGGACGAGCCGCCCUCCGCACCCGCGCAGAAGCUCGUCGAGUAUGCGGGUAUCUUGCGGUUGCAGGAGACCUUUUACCCCUCCGAGCUGCACGAGCCCCUCCAGAAGUUCGCCACCUUCUUGGAGAGCGUUGCAUGGGAGACUGGUGGCUACUCGCUCGACUUCCAGAAGAGCUUGGACAUGGCGAUCGAGCGCUUUGUGCAGACACAUCCGGAGGAGGCGAAGUCUUUGCUCGGUGCCCCCUCACCAGAGUCCAUCGACAGUACAUAA